UACUCCAGCCCCUACAAGCCGAAGCGCCAAUGGCCCCCGGACAUGUCGAAACUCUCGCCGAAGCACCAGUUCCGGCUCGAGCGCAAGUACCGGCGGCGCGCGGCGCUGAAGUACGCCCGGCCCAAGUGGACCAAGUUCACGAAGUUGGUGCAGUGGUUUAGUAUUGGGUUUGUGCUCAUUUAUGCCAUGUUGUUUAUGGAGUGGGAUGAGAAGGGGAGUCCGUUUGAUGAGGUUCGGAAGGCUGUCUUUGGAGGGUUGAAGGAGGCGUUCUCCACGCCUGCGCCGCCGAGGCCUGUGAGGGAGGCC